AUGAUAAGAACCGCUUCCAAAUCGCAGAUCCUGAGGAGAUCCAUUGCCACGCAGGCGGCCCCAAAACCCCAAAUCACGAAACUGUCCAAUGGUACCGUGGUAGCCACCGAAAGUAAUCCAGCUUCUGCCACCUCGAGUGUCGGUGUUGUUUUCGGCAGUGGUUCUGCUGCUGAAAACCCUUACAAUAACGGUGUAUCCAAUUUGCUAGGUCACGUGUUCCGUACUGAAAACGGUGCUCAAACGGCACAGCAGGGUUUCCUGUUGUCCUCGCAAGUGGGACGUGAUUUCCAGUCUUAUGUGGCUACCUCGCGUGGUUCUUCACCUUCUAGCGUGUUGGAAUUGUUGCAAAAAAAAUUGUCUACUGGGAUUUCCGAUGCUUCUUUCGCUGCUUCCAAGGACCAAGUUUUGAAAGAAGUGGACGCCUUUGAGACUCAAGACCAUGCCGGCAAAGUCCUAGAGCAUUUGCACUCGACCGCUUUCCAAAACACUCCGCUAAGUUUGCCCGUCAGAGGUACUCGCGAAGCGAUUGAGACUUUGGAGAAGGCUGACUUGGAAUCCUUUGCCAAGAACCACUUUCUGGCCUCUAACGCCGUAAUUGUGGGGUCCGGUAACGUUUCUCACGAUGAGCUUGUCAAGGCUGUCGAAUCUCAGGUUUCCUUGGCCUCUGGUGAAAAGCCAAUUUUAAAGAAGCAAUCCUCCUUUUUGGGAUCUGAGGUUAGACUGAGAGACGACACUCUGCCCGCCGCUUGGAUCUCCAUCGCUGCUGAAGGUGAGCCCGUCUCUUCUCCAAACUACUAUGUUGCUCAAGUGGCCGCUGAAAUUUUCGGCUCAUUUGUCGCCAGCGAACCAGCUUCUCGUUUGCAAGGUAUCAAACUCUUGGACACCAUUCAAGAAUAUCACGAUUGUGACUCUUACGAUCAUUUCUCUUUGUCUUACAAGGACUCUGGUCUGUGGGGUUUCUCCACGGUCAUUUCCAACUUCCACGCAAUCGACGACAUGGUUCAUUUCACUUUGAAACAGUGGAACAGAUUGACCGUCUCCAUCACUCCUCGCGAAGUGGCUCGUGGUAAGGCACUACUAAAAUUGAAAUUGGCCUCCGCUGCUAAGGACAACGCUAGCAUCGCCACCAACUUAGGUGCUCAAACCUUGGCUCUUGGUUCCAAGCCAGCUCUUGCUGACGUUUUCGCUAAAAUUGAUGCUAUUGAGGUGAGCGAUGUCAAGAAAUGGGCCUCUGACAGAUUGUGGGAUCAAGACAUUGCCAUCGCUGCUACCGGACAAAUCGAGGGUUUGUUGGACUACAUGAGAAUCAGAGCCGAUAUGAGCAUGAUGAGAUGGUGA